GUAAGCAUGAGCAGUGUCACAAUGGGGGAGGGGGAGAGGGGUAAGUGACGGGCACAGGGGGCGGGGCAAGUGUGGGAAGACCCGUAUCCGAGUGCCACUAAACUAAGCGCGAGCAGUGUUUGCUGUGCCACCGCCGCGGCAGGACGGACGCGCUAGCUCGUCCGCCACUUCGUUCUCUGGUGCUUCACAUACAUUCCGUCUUGGCCAAACUACCCUUCGUCAACAAUAUACCUUAUAUCUUUAAAAAAACAACAACAAUAAUGACACCAACAGCAACAAUCCCGAGACGUUACGAACAACAAUUUCUCUCUAUUUACCAAUAAGUAAAUCUUACGUGGUUUCCCCACCUACCCACCCUCCCCCUAUACCCACGGAAGUAUCCUCGAUGUGUACAAACAAAAACAUUACCCAUAUGGCAACCCACGUGUUUCCAAAUACAUAGGUCAUCAUUAUCAAUCACUAGCUGUCCCUCUCCCCCCUCCCCCCCCCCCAUCCCACAAAGCGACCUCUGAAGAGAGUCUCCGAUAUUGUCCCAUAUAUCACGCACAAGAGACAAACAAAAUAUGUUCCGUAAAUAAGCAGACGGGGAGAUAAUGCAGAUAUCUAUCUAACCAACCGUUGCCAAGGAUUCCCGUACAUCAGAAACCAUGAAUAUCUGCAUGAGGUGGUUGUGGCGGUUGUGGCUCAGGUCGAGUUUCACCAAAUUCCUCCCUUUCUUGUGGUGACGGUUGUCUGCGUGCAUCAGAUCCUCACCAACGACCCAUGGCUUCAAGCGAGGGGCAGGAGCGACGAACUGGUCCAGGAGGUGGAGACUCAGAGCGAGGAAUCCCAGGGCACCUUCGCCGCCGCCGUCGUUGCCUCGACUCGGGCCUCCGACGGUCUUCCCCGUCAGGAGCCAUCUCUUGCUUCUUCGAGUGACUGGAUGGAGGUCGCGGGAUCACCCAGGGAAGCGUUCGUGUAUUCCGCCUACCUCGAUCGCCGUGGACCCUUGAGCGUCAUCCGUGUUAUGGCCAUAAUCAUGAGAAGGAAAAAGGUGAACGAAUGCCAGGUGUGGAGCCAUAACAGCACCCAGCGCUUCCCGGCCAAAACGCGAGUAAUCCACGAAAACUGGAGUCUGCCUUAUACAGCAGCUUUUAUCCUCUGCGAAAUCCCUACCACCCUCGAGCCUACUCAUGCGAUGCCAGUCCUCAACGGCGAGGUCGAUAGAACUUCUAGUUUGUCUGUCAGGGUGUUCCCCAAAGGACCCCCAGUUGGGAACUUGAGUGUGUGCGUUAAACCCUUCCACUAUGAAUUCAAUAGAGCUGUGUGGUUGGUGGAGUUCAUCGAGUUCUAUCGGCUGCUCGGAACCGACCAGUUCAUAUUCUAUAACCACACGGUGGGCCCCGACGUGCAGGAGGUCCUCACCUUCUACCAGAACCUUGGGGUAGUUACAGUCCUCCCUUGGGCGCUGCCGGUCACGUCCCAAAAACAGAUUAGGACAGAGGGGAUCUUCACGGCCCUAAAUGACUGUAAUCUCAGAUCGGUUGGUCGCUAUUCCCUCGCAGCCAUGGUGGACGUCGAUGAAUUUUUGGUGCCCAGGAAGCACAAUAGUCUGCCCGAAGUGGUACAGUCACUUGGGGAAUAUGAUGCUUAUAUCUUCCAAAAUGUGUUCUUUUACCUAUAUUGGGAGAACGACACGGCGGUGCACGACGCGCUCUACGGCCGCGAAGACGCCCUCGGGCCGAGCCUGUUUGGCGAAGAGGCCCUCGUGCCCUACCUCCUGACAGCGUACAAGACGCGACGGCUUACCACGCCCCACAAACCCGGCCAGCGGUCUAAGUAUAUCGUCCGGCCGGAACGCGUCGUGGAGGUCGGCAACCACGUCGUCUGGGAGCAUGUGGGUGCUAAGAAGGUGAAGAAUGUCCCCACGGACCUCGGCCUUUCCCACCACUACAGGAUCUGUGAGUUUGGAGGAUUCGACUGUCUCAAGCAACCAAAUCAGGUGGACCGAAAGGCACAUGAGUGGCUCCUCCCCCUGGCAAAAAGAGUGGCAUCCUCGUGCUCCAAAAUUUUCCCUUCGCUCGGCAGGUGUCCUGCGGCUCCUCCACUCGGCUCCCCUUGGUGAAGAUUUGCAGGACACUUCUUCAAACUCCACACACUCAUUUGUACACGCUUUCGAGGCAUCCUUUUGUACACUCCUCUGUACACUUGUCAACUUCCCACGUGUCACUGCUGGUUGACCUUAGUGUAGCUGGAUCUUGUGAUACAACCCCAGUGCCUGUAAAUCCAGCGGGAUUGCAUCUGCGUAAAAUACCUGUCUUCAAAAAACAAUAUCAUUGUCUUGUGAUAAGAUAGUUAAAAAGCUUGCUUAUAAUAAAGCAUAUCAGCUUGAUAUCCUAUACCGAGGCCGUGCGAUAAUGCGUUAGUCUUUAAGUACAACUCAGUGCCUUCUGUGGUAGUGCCUUCGAAUAUCAUGUGAUACAUGAUGAGAAAAGUUACAUAUAAUAUAUGUGCUUCUGAGACAUUUUAUAUUUUCCAGAAAGUCCUGCACAUGAUUGUGUGCAUGCGAGAUGAAUACUGGCUUUUAUGAGAGUAUAUGGAUGUACAUAUUUAUAGAUUUACAGUUAAUGUAUGAAUAUAUACAUGUAUGAGUAUGUGCAC